UUGAAUAACACUUUCUGCUACUGUGUGGCUGCAGGCCAUACAGCUAUAGCAGCUGCAAGUCGAAUAUCGGAUAAAAAUGGCUACGGCCGCUAAAACCGGACCGCAAGAUUUACCACCUCCGGGUGGUUACCAAACGAUUCCGACUGAACGAACACGUCUUAAGUCUGUGAUAGGAUGGAAAACUGGAAUCGCAGCGUUUGUCGUAACAAAUGUUUUUGGAUGGAUCGUCUACAGUAUAAAGUAUCGAGAUUAUAAGAGACGUCAAAUUGAGAUGAGAAGCGCACGUUUAGCUCUAAUUCCAAUACUUUGGGCAGAGCGAGAUAGAGCGUUUUUGAAACAAACGAUAAAGAACCGUGACGAGGAAGCAGAUUUGAUGAAAGAUUAUCCCGGAUGGGAAGUUGGUACAUAUUUCGGUGAACCGAUAUACAAAACUGUUCCAGAAGACACUUUCAUUGUGCCCCAGCUGAAUGAAUAUGCAGUUCAUGCCCCUAAAUAUGGCAUUACGUAUCAGAGAGCCAUACAUCGUCACAUGACAUAACUCAACAGUCAAGUGUUGAAUUUCGAAUUAGUCUUGCUGUGUACUGUAUAGAUAAUUGAAACAAUGAACACAAUAAAAUUGAAAAUCCUCUAGAA